AUUUUAUUACACAAAAACUCAGUUGAAGCUUGUAUUCUACUAGCCAUUUUUUCCACAAGUCAAAAUCCAAAAAGAGAAAGCAAAGAAGGGUACAAAUUGAGAGUGUAAAGUUGGAGAAUUCUGAAAGCACAAGUACUCCUCCUAGAAUUUGUAUUUUUGUAACUUCGAAGAGAGAGAGAGAGAGGAGAAAGCAGAGACGGCGGUUUCUGUUCCAUCAUCACCUCGUCUGGCGUGAAGCCUGCGGGCCUUGACGUGGUAAGUGACGCCCAUGGCCUUUCCUCUUUCGAACUUACACUGGAAGAAACCUCUCGUUUGAGCUUCCCCCACAGCCCUACCAUGGCGGUUUCAUGCUCAUUUUAUUGCCACCCACUUCAAUUCUCGCCAAGUCUGAGCUGCCCACUUGCCCUAUUUCCUUCGUCAUCCUCUAAGCGUUGUUGCAUGAGCAGUCUUUGAAGGGCUUGGUUUGCGCGUAACGCAUAGGGCUUCUGUGGAUCAAAGUAUCGUCCUUCGACCAUGGAGACUCUUUACGCCUCUUGUUUUAGAUCGCUGGAAUGAAAUGAAACCAUGGGUAGUAUAAAACGCAAGAAGCUUUGUGAGGGGCAGGAUGUUGGUGAGGCAGAAGAUAGAAUCAGCAAUUUGCCUGAUUGUAUACUUCAUCACGUCCUCUCAUUUCUUCCAAUGAAAGAUGCGGUUGGGACAUCCUUACUGUCAACUAGAUGGAGACACCUGUGGACCUCCCUCCCCAAUAUUGACCUUGAUGAUAUGUUAUACUUUGGUGAACGGUGUGAUUGGUAUCCGCUUGAGACAACCAGCUUUGUGAAUUUUGUCGAAAGAGUUCUUGCUCUUCAUGACAUGUCAAAUAUGAAAAGAUUUCGGCUUUCAUGUCGGGUUUGCUUCAACGCAUCUUGUGUCAAUGCAUGGGUCUCUUCUGCAGUUAGGCAUAAAGCUCAAGAGCUCAAUCUCUGCCUGUUUGUAAAUGAACCUUUUAUGCUACCUCCCUGCGUUUUUUCUUGUGAGUCCCUUACAGUUGUGAAAAUAGAAAUGAACUGUGUCCUCCAACUUCCUAAUUUCAUUUCGUUUCCACACCUCAAAACCUUGCACCUACGACUUGUUACAUUUUCAGAUGACUACUCUACACAAAAGCUAUUUUCCAGCUGCCCAAUGCUUCAAGAGUUGGCAAUAGUGGAUUGUGAAUGGAUGGAUUUAAGGAGUAUCACGAUUUCCAUUCCUACACUGACGAGCUUGACAAUAGAUGAUCUUCCGUGCUUUGGGUCAAUGGAUGACAUAAAUGAUUGUGAGAUCAGGAUUCAUGCAGCUAAUCUGAUAUCCCUCAAAUACAUUGGUCAUUUAUCAAAUGACAACAUUUUGGGCAACCUGUCCUCAUUAGUUUUUGCUUCUGUUCACAUUCCAAAUCUUUAUGAGAGACGAAAUGAAAUUGCUUGGCGUGGAGUUAAGCUUCUCAGAGGGCUUCAUAAAGUUAAAUCUGUGAAUAUAUCAAAUGGUACAAUCAAGUCUUUUUUCCUUGCAGAAAACCUCAUAGACCAUUUUCCUAUAUUUCAACAUCUGAUCCAUUUGGAGUUGAGCAUGGAAAUUGAAUAUCAUGCUCUUAGGGCUCUGAUUGAUUUAUUCCACAGUGCUCCUAAUUUAGAAUCUCUUGUCUUUUCCAAGGGUCUUGACCCUCACAUGUGCCUCAGGGAGGAUGAUUGGAAUUUGGAACCAGUACAUAAGCCCUUUUUGUCGCACCUCAGGAGAAUUAAUCUUCAGAAUUUUCAUGGGAAACAUGCAGAGAUGUGUUUACUGAAAUUUUUGUUGAAAUAUGCUCCUGCGCUGGAGAGGAUAAAUGUAUCCUAUUCUGGGAACUUGUAUGCAGAUUUGAAGCUGCAUGAAGAGGUUACCAAUCAGUUGCAAAUGCUUGCUAAAGGCACAGCUGGCUGUAUCAUGUUGUCGUGAGAGGCACAGACUCGAGAAAUCUAGAUCAGUGUUCUGCCCAUUGUAAAGUUUUGAGUUGCCCUUUUUUUUGGCGGAUUCAACUAGUUGUGUGUUUCAGCCAAGGGUUGAAAGACCGAUGAAACAUGCAGUUUUGUGUGCAUUGAAGCAACUGAUGGAGUUUAUGCUUUGCAUUGUAACUCAAUUUUGCUGGUGAAUGCUGUUGAAAAGUUCUUGUUGAGCGCUGGCGUGCAAUUCCUUGCUGCCUUUUUGUGGUGAAGGGUUUGAUUAUACAUGUAAGUACACUCGCUGGAAGUUGUUUGAACUGAACAGAGUUUUUGGGUUUUUCACACAAAUACCAAAGAAAAUGUAAAGAUGUAAACAUGAAAUUACAAGCCCAGCCCUUUCAUGGGCAUAAUGUAUUGGUCACAUCACUUUUUGUCUUGUGCAAUGAAUCUUCAUUGCUGAGACUCAAAUUUAUUAUGAGAGUUUUGAAUUUGAAUUUAGGUAGUCUAUUUGUGAAAAAAAUAUAUGAAUUUUAGGUUUAAA